AUGACGCCCAAGUCAGACGCCGAGCACGUUGAUGUCAUGCCGGUUCAGGAGGAACUGGCCAAUAUCGCCAACCAGGAGGAGCACGACCUUGGAAAGCUCGAAUCGAUCAAGAAAUACCCUUCAGCAUUUCUCUGGAGUCUCUACGCUGUUUGGUGCGUUCUGCUGGUGUCCUUUGAAAACCAAGCAUCCGGCAACAUCAUUGGUGUUCCCGAGUUCCGAAAAGACUUUGGUCGCCCUUAUGAGGGGGGUUAUGUUUUAGAUUCCAAUUGGCAAAGUGCCUUCCAGGGCGCGCCCGUUGCAUCUGGUAUUAUCGGUGCUCUCGGCUGUGGUGCCAUUGCAGAUUGGCUCGGUCGCCGGGCUACGAUCAUCAUUUGUCUCGUUAUAACUUACGCUGCUAUCACGAUGGAGUUUGUUGCUACAACCAAUGAGUUGUUCUUCGGUGGAAAGUUCCUUAAUGGAUUUGCUGUUGGUGCCCUGGCAUCUGUCACGGUUUCUUACAUUGGAGAGGUUGCACCACUCGCCCUUCGAGGCUUUCUGACCUGCCUGUCUGCUUUGGCUUAUACUCUGGGUCCGUUCGUGGUUGCGCUCAUCGUGAACUGGACUGGAACGUACGAAAACCGCUGGGCUUAUCGCGCCGUUUUCUGCGCCCAAUAUGGAUUUGCUUUCAUUGCUACCGUCUUUGUCCCAUUCAUGCCUGAAUCACCCUGGUGGCUGGCAUCGGUCGGAAAAAAUGACAAAGCUCUCCAGGCCCUGAACCGUCUUGGGCAAAAGGGAGAAGAUGGCGAGAAGCGCCUGGCUGCUAUCAACCAGACCCUCGAGGAAGUCAAGAGAGAGACCGAGGGCGUAACCUACAUCGAAUGUUUCCGAAAGUCGAACCUACGCCGCACGAUUAUUUCUAUUGCCCCUCUCUGCAUUCAAUCCCUUUCCGGUAUCGUCUUUGUCGCUUCCUACUCGACUUACUAUAUCCAACUUGCCGGCUUCAGCACCGAAAUGAGCUUCAAGCUCCAGAUCGUCCAGCAGGUCAUCUCGCUUAUUGGUAACGUCAUGUCCUGGUUCCUCGUUGACAAGGUCGGGCGUCGUGCGCUCACAUUCUGGGGUCUUGUCGUUCUCACGAUCAUCCUGUUCCUUACCGGUGGCCUCGCCGUGGCCGGCACCCCGGGCGCAAUCAAGGGAACAGUCGCCUUGAUUCUGAUUUACUGCUGGUGGUAUAACGUGACUAUCGGUGCCACCGCUUACACUGUCCUGGUCGAGGUUUCCACUGCCCGCCUCCGUGUCAAGACGAUUGCGAUUGGUCUCGCCACUCAGAGUCUCCUGAACAUGAUCUGGAGUUUUGUUCUCCCUCUCCUGUUCAACCCCGACAAGGCCAACCUGUCCGCAAAGCUCGCCUUCAUUUUCGGCGGCUUCGCGGUCUUCAGUCUUGUGUUUCUUUGGUUCUACCACCCCGAGACCGCGGACCGCACUUAUGAGGAGCUGGACGAGAUGUUUAUCAAGAAGGUUCCUGCUAGGAAGUUCAAAGAAUUCAAGACGGACACUCAGGCAGUUGGCGAGGCAGUUAAAGCGCAAGAGUAG